GCGAGUAGUCAUAGUCGCGUGAAAUGCAUGAUAUAAUGUACUAGUAUUGUAUAUUGAAUAUUAAGCUAUUUCUCUCUCUACAGGUUUAUGGGAAUGGUAUCUGUCUAAGGGCCCCUUUGAAUCGUAGAAUGAAAAAAACGGAGGAAUAGGAAAAACAUAGGAUUCUAAUAGGAAUGUAAAUGUAAAACAGAUGAUUGCAAAACAUAGGAAUGAUCGUUUGAUUGGACCACAGGAAAAACACAGGAAUCGGAUGAGAGAGAUAUACUCAAAGAAUUUUUACCAAGAGGUUGGACCUCUCGCUAAGUUUCCUUUAAAACCUAUAUGCAACAAGCCAUUCCAUAGGAAUUUUGUAGGAUUUGAAAAACUCAAAUCCUUUAAAUCAAAGGGCUACAUAGUAAAAUUUCCUGUAGCAUUUCAAUCCUAUGAAAUUCCUUUAUAAUUCCUUUGACUGAAGGGCCCUUAAUAUUUGUGCAUGCCCUGAAGGCUGAAGCUGCUGCUCACUGCAGGAAGCCAGGAAGGCCCCCAGCUGAAGGCCAGACCAAUGAGACCAGUGAGCCAACAUAUGGUGACAGAAAAAAAUUACUCCUUUUCCCCAAGUAAAUUAAAUAUACAUGGGGCAGAGGCGCAGAGCCAUGCAGCAGCAGCAUCGCCCGGCCGCCCGGCCAUGUUCUGCUCGCUCGUUCAGACUGACGCUCGGAUAAGCAAAACAAGCACCGAUCACCCACACCCAUCUCCCGGCCAUUUCUGCUCGCUCUCUCAGAUACUACACGCAAAACAAGCACCAAUAACCCAGUAGGAAACAGGGUUUACGUUACUGUCUCGCGUCGUUUCUACGGUUACCAGCUUACUACGGGUACGAUAAUAUAAAUACUACGGUAACCUCCUUAAAUUCAAAUAAAUUAAAAAAAUAAUUUAAAUUUUUAAUAAAUUUUAUACGGUUUUUCAUGGUUACCGCGGUUAACACGUGGUAACCGUACUUACCGUCGGGACGCGGUAACCCCGGUCCCGGCGGUUUGGGAAACCUGACUAGGAAACGCUGAAGAAUUAGGUUUGCUUCGUUGCUGCAAUUAAUGGCAGAAAAGACACGAGCGCUACCGGCUUUAAGCAGAACCAUCCGUACGCGACUCCGGUGAAGGAAACUGUGAAUGCGUGAAAUCCUUUGGCUCCCGUGAAAACCAAGCACGGGCCGGUGCGCACGGGUGCGCAAAUGGGCUCACGCCGCACGCGACGCGCUCCGUCUCCUCUCCCCUCUCCCGCAGUCUCUUCCCCACGCAGCCACGCGCGCGCCCAUUAAUCGCUCACGCACUUGCACGUUGCACCAUCAACUCCUCUGCUCCCAGCUUCCUUGCUGGAUACACGAACAAAGUCCCGUUUGCUUCUGGGUAGAACACAACAAUGGCGCUGCGUUCUUCUGCUGCAUACUACUACAUGAACUAAUUUGCUUCUCCCUUACGUUCCGUUUGCAUCAUCUGCCUUGCACACACGCACGCACUACAAAAUGGCGUUGCGCGUGCUCUUCUUGAUGCUGUCGGCGUUCCCCGCGAGCUGCCUCGCCGUCGCUGCUCCGAUCAGUCCCGACGCCGUGCCAUUGCUCGCCUUCAAGUCGGCGUGCGCCGACCCUGCCGCCGCGCUCGUCUCCUGGACGGAGGCCUCCGACCCCUGCUCCGACAGGUGGCGUGGCAUCACUUGCCGGAAGCCUUCGCCUUCGCCGCCGCCGUCGUCACCUCCUCGCGUCCGUCGCGUUGUUCUCGAAGGCCUCCGCCUCGGCGGGGAUGCUGGAGCCGUCGCCGCGCUCGCUGGCCUCCCUAUGCUCUCGUUCCUUAGCCUCAAGAACAACUCGUUUACGGGCUCUCUCGGUGACGUCGACUUCUCCACCUUGGCGCCGCACCUCAAGCUCCUCUAUCUCUCCGGCAAUGGCUUCUCCGGGCGGUUUCCGGAGUCCGUGCUACGGCUUCGCCAUCUGCGCCGUCUCGACCUCUCUGGCAAUCGGCUUACCUGCACGAUUCCGCCGGAGAUAGGACACCGGCUCCCUUCUCUCCUGACGCUGCAUCUUGCGCGCAACUCGCUCGUCGGGCCCUUGCCGGCCUCGCUGGGAGCAAUGGCCAGGCUUGCCAAGCUCAACGUCUCCGGUAACCACCUCCAGGGCCGGAUCCCCAAGCGCCUCGCCGCCGUCUUCCCCGCGUCUUCGUUCACCGGCAACCCCGAACUUUGCGGUGCCCCUCUGCGCCGCCGGUGCAAUGAGCAGCUCCACAUGGUGUACGGCGGCGGCGGCAGCGGCGCUGACACGUCACACCAACCGAAGAGAGGGAGGAGGAGGAGCAAUGACCGGUGGAUGGUGGCGAUGAUCAUGGCGGCGGUGGGCGCAGCAGUGGCAUCGCUGGUCGCCGCGGCACUCUGCGGCGUACUGUGGCUGAAGAACAAGAAGCCGGAGAGGCCGCGCGCCAGCUCACGCACCAGCUCGAUGGCGCGGGAGGAGACGGUGCGCUUCGACGGCUGCUGCGUGGAGUUCGACGUGUGCACGCUCAUGCGGGGCGCCGCGGAGAUGCUGGGCAAGGGCGCGACGGCGACGACGUACCGCGUGGCCAUGGGAGGCGACAACGUCAUCGUGGACGACGCCAGCGUCGUCGAGGAGGGCAAGGCUGGCGAGGUGGUGGUGGUGAAGAGGAUGCGGCGGAGGGAAGGCGCGACCCGGGAGGACGAGCGGCGGAAGCGGAAGCUCGCGCGGGAGAUGGGCACGUGGCGGCACGCCAACGUCGUCAGCCUUCGCGCCUUCUACGCGUCGGCAGACGAGCUCCUCCUCGUCUUCGACUACGUCCCCAAUGGCAGCCUCCACAGCCUCCUCCAUGAGAACCGAGGACCGGCGCGUGUUCCACUGGAGUGGCAGACGAGGCUGAAGCUGGCGCAGGACGCGGCGCAGGGGCUCGCGUACCUCCACGGCGUGUCCGGCGGCAAGCUCGCCCACCGGCACCUCACCUCCUCCAACAUCCUCGUCGACGCCGGCGGCAACGCGCGCGUCUCCGACUUCGCCCUGCUGCAGCUGCUCGUCCCGGCCCCGGCGGCGGACGAGGCCGCGCAGAAGCAGGACGUGCACGCGUUCGGGGUCGUCCUGCUUGAGAUCCUGACGGGGCGGUCGCCGGAGGACGGCAACGUGGACCUGGCGCUGUGGGCGCGCACGGUGGUGCGCGAGGAGUGGACCUCGGAGGUGUUCGACGUGGAGCUGCUGCCGAGCAGGGGCGGCGCGGAGGACGAGAUGGUGGCGCUCCUCCAUGUGGCGCUGCUGUGCGUCGCCGACGACCCCGGCGAGCGGCCGAGGAUGGCGGUGGUGGCCAAGAUGAUCGAGGACAUCAGGGACAGGGGGAGCAAGAGGAGCAGGUACUCGGCGUCGCCGUCGCAGGUUGGCCACUCCUACGAGUCAUCCCCUUCCAUCUCGGAGGACACCACUAGGUCCACCAAUGCCUCAAGCUCUUGAAGCUGUGGUGACAGUUUCCAGCUUUCCUUCCCAAAAAAUCCAAUGGAUGUUGUUAACAAGAGGUGCUGCCGUUUAGAUGUUAGUUUUCUGCCAUCAUGAUUCUGUGGCAUGUGACAUGUCAGGUACCUGUGAUCAAUGGAAAUUAUCAACUCCUUUUGUUUUCUGUCCAACGAACGUAGACAGGGCCAAGUUUGUAUUACAAUUCAAACAUGCAGGGAAUAAGUUCCCUUUAGGUCCAUGAAUUUGUUGCCAAGUUUGAAAUUCAUCCUGAACUAUAAUAACA